UCCGCAGCAGCAGCAGCAGCAGCAGCAGCAGGCCGGCCGGGGUGUGACACCACCCCAGCAGCAGUCGAUGCUGAACUUGCGAGCAGCCAAUCAAGCGUCGCUCCUCAACGCCAACCCCAUGCUUCAGCGAGCCCUGCUGGUGCAGCAGAUGCAAGGUAACUUGAGAGGCUUCAACAUGGCAGCGGCUCCCGUGUUGCAGCAAUUCUUUCCUCAGGCGACGAGGCAUUCUCUUUUAGGUCCCCCGCCCGUCGGAGUCUCCUUAAAGCCCACCCGCCUGGCUUUCCCGGGCCUCCCAUUUCAAAGGCAGAACCGCACCUUUCGCAAGGACUUUCCGAGGGCCCCUGAAAGGAAGCGGGAAGUGGAUUUGGCGAUCUCCUCAUCCUCAUCUUCUCAGACUCCAGGAGCAGAUGAGAGGGGACCUCUUUUGGAGGGAUGUCUCGUCAAAACAGGGUCUGAACAGCUUGGCUCUUCACCAUCAGAGAUGCUGAGAGAAUCCUCCCCAGAUGGUGAGCCAGCAAGCAAGCGGCUGAAAAGUGGAGAUGAAGAAUCAAUCCCUGAUGAUCCUCUGUGCAUUCAGGAAAUGGAGGCUACGGAAUCCCAUGUGGAAGAGACAGACCACGGGGAAGAGAAUCUGGCAGCAGACACUUCGAAGGAGAAGAACUUCUCUGAGGAACUGAAGGCUUCUGAGGUGGUGAGCUCUGCAGGGUCGCUGAAAGUGACUAUUCAGCAGAGCAGUGAAAGCCGAGCCAUCAGCACCACCGCCCUGAAGCCCACCCACUGGACCUCUGAGAUGGGCACGGCGGAGACCAGCCCGGAGUCUGCUGUGAAAUUCUACUGUUACAUUUGCAAGACUGACUGCUGCAACCAGCAGAAUUUCCAGGCUCACAUGGCAGGAGUGGAACACCAGCAGCGACUUCAGGAGAUCCAGCACAUGAGCAACAUCUGCUUUGUCUCAUUGCUGCCCAUGGUGAAGGAGCAGAAACCACUGGCUGAGAAAGAUGGAGACAGCCAGCAGCGAUGGUGUCACACCUGCCAGCUCCAUUUUACAGGAGAUCUGAUUAAGCAUCGGCGGACUCAGGAGCACAAGCUCGCCAAGCGCUCUCUCCGGCCUUUUUGCACUGUAUGCAGCCGCCAUUUCAAAACCCCACGCAAGUUUGUGGAGCACAUGAAGUCUUCCGAGCACAAACAGAAGGCCAAGGAGGUGAGGUUGGGAGAGAAGGAGCAGGGCGGGCCGGAGGACUCCGAGGAGCUUAUAACGGUAGAUGCGGUUGGCUGUUUUGAGGACGAUGACGACGACGAUGAGGAGGAAGAGGAAGAAGCCGAAGGGGAGGAAGGCUCUGAGGUGGGGAGGCUGGAUGGUGAAGAUCCUCUCGGCAGGCAGGUUGGGCUAAAGGAGGUGUCUUUGGGCAACACUGAAGGAAAUGAGAAGUACUGUCCAGAUACCAUCUAUGGCCCGGAUUUUCUGGUCCCCGUGGCAGGUUUCCUCUGCAGGUUGUGUCGUGCAUUCUUCCAUAGCGACUCGGCUGCCCGGCUCGCGCACUGCAAGUCCCUGAUGCAUUUUGAGAACUUUCAGCGGUACAAAGCCACCAGGCUGCAGGCCACUGCCACGCUCACAGAGGCCACUUCAGGUCCUCGGGAGGGGCUGGCUGAGGACCACCAAACUCCUCCCACAGCCAGGAUGGAGAGAGCAGAGGUGGGAAAAGAGGCAGUGGCAUUAAUGGCAGCCAGCAAAGAAGCUUACAAACCUCUGGGAGAGGAGGACCUCUCCUUGACUCCGAGGGACAGCUCGGCGGCCCUUCAGACUGACGAUGCAGGCGGAGCCCUGCUCAUAGAGGACGGGGAGGAUGACGAAAAUGAUUUCUCCGCCCUGAGCGACCACUCACUGCUUGGAGAUGCUGUGGUGGUGGUGGGGGAACCGGUGGGACUGUGUGCAUGGAAGAACGAGCUGAGCGGCGAAAGCAUCCGAGAGAGAAGCCCGGGCAGAGCCGCAGUAGACGAAGGAGACCCCGCAGCAAAUGAGGCGCUGGCUGGCAGAGACCUACUGGAGGGAGCUGACCCUUCCUCCCUGGCCAAAGGGGAGGCCUCGGCCGGACGUAGGCGUUCUGCUCGGCGUAGGGCCAGAUAA